AUGGGAUUAGUACGGAACUAUCCUGAACUUGUCGGUGUUAGAAUCUGCCUUGGAAUAGCCGAGGCUGGAUUGUUCCCAGGUGUCGUCUACUAUCUUUCCAUAUGGUAUCCACGGCACUAUUUGCAGUUCCGCAUUGGAUUGUUCUUCGGCGCGGCCACAGUCGCCGGUGCCUUCUCGGGUCUUCUCGCUUUCGGUAUCAGCUUCAUGAGUGGCACGGACGGUAAACUUGGCUGGUCCUGGAUCUUCAUCAUCGAGGGCUUGGCGACCGUUGUGGUUGGCUUCAUCUCGAUAUUCGUGCUGGUGGACUUCCCCGAUACCGCGAAAUUCCUUACACCCGAGGAGCGUGCAUGGGUAAUCCAGCGCAAGAAAUACGACAACUCUUCCGUGGGCGAAGAGGAGCAUUUCGCCUUCCGUCACAUCAUCGACGCUUUCACGGACUGGCAGGUUUGGAUGCACAUAUUGGUGUAUUUAUCUAUCAUAACGCCCCUCUACGGCAUAUCUCUCUUCUUGCCCUUCGGGUUCACGACGGCAAUCAGCCAGCUCCUCACCGUGCCGCCGUACGUCUUUGCGACGAUCGUGCUCAUCAUCUUCGCCGUCUGGUCCGAUCGCAUCAAGAUGCGCUAUCCGUUUAUUUUGGCCGGACUGGUGAUGUGUCUUAUCGGGUUUUCCAUAAACAUCAGUGAUGUCCCUAUCGGCGUUAAGUUCCUGGUCGUGGCGGGAUCGUACGCCGCAUUCCCCGGCGUGGUUGCUUGGCUCGGCAACAACCUCGCGGGCCAGUACAAGCGAGGUGUGGGCAUGGCUGCGCACAUUGGCAUCGGCAACUUCGGGGGCGCCUUCGCGUCGAAUAUCUACAGGACUAAAGACGCACCGCGUUACAUCGUUGGGCAUGCUAUCGAACUCAUGUUCGUCGGCAUUGGGUUCAUUGCGCUGCCUAUCGUCGUGAUUCUGUACAAGCGAAUCAAUAGUAAGAGGGAGAGGCUCAUGAACGGGGAUGGAAAGCCCACGUUCAGCGAGCAAGAGUUGAGGAAGAUGGGCGACAGAGCGCCUGACUUCCGGUAUACGAUUUGA